AUGUUCAAGUUUGGUUCACAGAACACUCCAGUUUAUGACAGCGAGAAAAUCAAAAAUUUCCGCAAACUGGGUAAUAAAGAAGCUUACCAACUAGCUCUUCAUACACUAGAUCGCCAUCGCAACAAAUCUAUCACCUGUCGCUACACACCAUCUCCGAACCAUCCAUCCAAUCCCAACCGUCUCAUACGUAUAGCCGAAACCGCUAUCAUCGAAGUACUUCUCCUGCAUCCAAUUCUACAAGCUGGAAUACUUGAUGCAGACUCUAAAAAUCCAGCGUGGAAACAACUACAACACAUUAAUCUGGAUGAACAUUUCACAUGGCGCUUUUUACAAACACCCGAGGAUUUCGAUGAUGUUUCGAGAGAACUCACUCUUGCCGAAAUCGAUAGCAAGUUUCAUGAAAUCGAAGAAAAGCCGGGAUGGAGGAUCGUUGUUUUAUAUCAAGAAAGAGCCAAUUUACUCGAAGUACAUUUUACGUGGAAUCAAGUGUAUGGCGAUGGAAUAAGCGGGAGAAUCUUCCAGGAAGAUUUAUUUCGACGUCUGAAUACGGCGACUCAAUAUGAGGGCAUUGAAGACAACACCACAACAUCUCCCCUCAUUCCACUUCCUCCAACUCCAAUCCUCCCGCCACCAAUCGAAGAACUCUAUAAAUUUCCUCUUACUAAUUGGGCACCCAUCUAUCUCAUCCCAUACUCUACCCAAAAUCGCUCAUUCUCCAUCUCUAAAACCACACUCCACGAUAUCCACCUCGCAUGUCGCAAGAAGAAAGGUACACUUAUCAGUCUUCUGCACGCACUUAUGGCCGUCUCACUAGCGUCACAAUUAGACGAGAACAUAGCAUCUGCAUUUCAAAGUUGUACGACGUUGGAUAUGCGACGAUUGAUAACGUCAAUUUCCUCAAAAUCCAAAUAUUCAGGAUUUAAUGUAGAGAGAAUAAUGGAGAAUUACGAAACGUCAGUUUCUCAUGAAUUCGAUAAGAGGCUUGUAGCUCAGCUACGCGAUAAACUCUCAGGAGAUGGCAAUCAGGAUUUACUUCUACCACCGGGACAGCUGAGACAGAUUUGGAUGAUUGGUGCAGGUAUUUGUGGAGAAACUGAAAGAAAAAUAACGAGGGGUUUGAAAGAUGAUUCUGCAGAAGCAAUGAAGUUUUUAGGAAACUGGCGCCAAAGACUAAAAAACGCUUCUAAGAGACCCAGAAAGUUCUCAUGGUCAAUCACAGAUGCUGGAACCUUCGAGCGGAAUUCGAAAAUCGAUAAUGAGAUACCGUCUGCAGAAUCUGAGCUGGGAGGAAGAGAUGCGUGGAUACUUCAUUGGACGGGGUUUGCAUCGAGUGCGGAUACCACGGGUGCGGCUUUUGCAAUCUCGCUUAUGAGUUUUAAGGCAGCGGGACUAUCUGUGGAUGUUAGUUGGCAGGAUUCUGUCUGUGAUGUUGGAAUGGGAGAGCGUGUUGCGGUUGAUUUGAAGAAGUGGCUUGAGCAGAUUGCGGAAGAAGCGUAUCCAUGA